AUGAGGUGCUGGCAGCUCCGGCUAUGGCGUGGGACUGGUGCCAGCCUUCCCCUGGGACCUUUUGUCCUCUCCUGGGUGUCCCGGGGUCUGUGCCCGGGGGGAUCCCGGGCUGUGUACCCGAGAUCAGUGCCCGUGGUGGGUGCCCGGGGGUAUCCCGGGGUGUGUGCCCGCGGUGUGUGCCCAGUUUGGGUACCCCGGGGGUAUCCCGCGGUGUGUGCCUGGUUUGAGUACCUCGGGGGUAUCCCAGGAUACCACGGUGUGUGCCCGGUUUGGGUACCCCGGGGGUAUCCCGCGGUGUGUGCCCGGUUUGGGUACCUCGGGGCAUCCUGGGGUGUGUGCCCGGUUUGGGUACCCCGGGAGUCCCGCGGUGUGUCCCCGGUGUGUGCCCGGUUUGGGUACCCCGAGGGUAACCCGGGAUACCGCGGUGUGUGCCUGGUUUGGGUACCCCGGGGUAUGCCUGGGUGUAUCCCCGGUGUGUGUGUGCCCGGUUUGGGUACCCCGGGGUAUGCCUGGGUGUAUCCCCGGUGUGUGUGUGCCCGGUUUGGGUACCCCGGGAGGUUCUAUGUGAGCAUUCUGUGCAUCACAAAACACCUUGGAUUUUGGAUAAUGGAUAAUUCAGGUGCUGCGGUUUAUUUUCACGAGCCCAGUGUUGGCCACUUAAUAGCAUUUGGAGGUCUGAUCCCAGAAGAGGAGAGUGCUUUUGGACAGGCCCAUACCAACCACAAGAAGGUAGCAGCAGAUGGAGAGAGCAGAGAGGAGACCUUGAUCCAGGAAUCAGCUACCAAAGAAGAAUACUACAUGAAGAAGGUUAUGGAGUUGCAGACAGAACUGAAGCAGAUCAGAAAUGUCCUUGCCAACACACAGUCCGAAAACGAACGCCUUAAUUCCGUCUCGCAGGAACUGAAGGAGGUCAACCAGAACGUGGAGAUCCAAAGGGCCCGUCUGCGAGAUGAUAUUAAGGAGUAUAAAUUUCGAGAAGCACGCUUGCUGCAAGACUAUACUGAGCUGGAAGAGGAAAACAUCUGUCUCCAGAAACAAGUGUCUGUCCUGAAGCAAAAUCAGGUGGAGUUUGAAGGCCUGAAACAUGAAAUCAAAAGGCUUGAAGAGGAAACUGAGUUUCUCAACAGCCAGCUGGAAGAUGCCAUCCGCCUGAAGGAGAUCUCCGAGCGCCAGCUGGAGGAGGCCCUGGAGACGCUGAAGACGGAGCGGGAGCAGAAGAACAACCUCCGGAAGGAGCUGUCCCACUACAUGAACAUCAACGAUUCCAUGUACAACAGCCACCUGAACAUCUCCUUGGACGGGCUGAAGUUCAGCGACGAAGCCACGGAGCCCAACAACGAUGAGAUCAUGAACGGCUUCGAGCAGAACUGCCUCAGCAAACUCAGCAACGGCAAGAACAGCACUUCGACGCCCAAGAAGAACGAAAGCUUCCCUCCCGCCCCGAGUCUGGUUUCAGAUCUUCUAAGUGAGUUAAACAUCUCGGAAAUCCAGAAGCUGAAACAGCAGCUCGUGCAGAUGGAAAGAGAAAAGGUAAACUUGUUAACAACGCUACAGGAAUCUCAGAAGCAGCUGGAAAAUACACGGGGGGCCCUCUCAGAGCAGCAUGAGAAAGUUGGCAGGCUGACUGAAAACCUGAAUGCCAUGAAGAAGCUCCAGGCCAGCAAGGAGCAUCAGUCUGCCCUUGACAACGAGAAGGACCGAGACAGCCACGAAGAUGGAGACUAUUAUGAGGUUGACAUCAAUGGGCCAGAGAUCCUGGAGUGCAAGUACAAGGUGGCCAUGGCAGAAACUACUGACCUAAAAGAAGAGCUCAAAAAUCUGAAGGCCAAAUAUAAAGAAUGUGAGUCUAAAUAUGAGGAAGAGAAGAGUAGAUAUGAGACCGAGAACCAAGCUCUCACUGAGAAGAUCACCUCGCUGGAAAAGUCAAGUAGGCAUGACAGAGAACAGGUGACCAGGCUGGAGAAGGAGCUGAAGAAAGUCAGUGAUGUUGCUGGAGAAACACAGGGCAGCCUCAGCGUGGCCCAAGAUGAACUAGUCACCUUCAGUGAAGAGCUGGCCAAUUUGUACCACCAUGUCUGCAUGUGCAACAAUGAAACUCCAAACAGAGUAAUGCUGGACUACUACAAGGAAGGUAAAGGUGGGCGCAGUAGUCCAGAGGCCAAGGGAAGAAGGUCUCCCAUUCUUCUUUCUAAAGGGCUGUUAACUAUUGAGCUGGGAAAGGCAGAGAAUGGAAGUGGUGACAGCAGCCCAUCCCCGGUGUCAUCUCUGCCAUCGCCUGUGUCCGAUCCCCGGAAGGAACCGAUGAACAUUUACAACCUGAUCGCCAUAAUUCGGGACCAGAUCAAACACCUGCAGGCUGCUGUGGACAGGACAACCGAGCUGUCCAGGCAGCGUGUUGCCACUCAAGAACUUGGGCCCGCGGUGGACAAAGACAAGGAAGCCCUCAUGGAAGAGAUCCUGAAGCUGAAGUCCCUGCUGAGCACCAAGAGGGAACAGAUAGCAACUCUGAGAACUGUGCUGAAGGCCAACAAACAGACUGCAGAGGUAGCCCUUGCCAACUUAAAAAGCAAGUAUGAGAAUGAGAAAGCGAUGGUUACAGAGACCAUGAUGAAGCUGCGAAAUGAGCUGAAGGCUUUGAAAGAAGACGCCGCCACCUUCUCUUCCCUGAGAGCAAUGUUUGCUACAAGGUGCGACGAGUACGUCACGCAGCUGGACGAAAUGCAGCGGCAACUGGCGGCGGCCGAGGAUGAGAAGAAGACUCUGAACUCCUUGCUGCGGAUGGCUAUCCAGCAGAAACUGGCCCUGACCCAGCGCCUGGAACACUUGGAGCUGGACCACGAGCAGUCCAAGAGGGUGCGCACAAAAUCCGCCUCCAAAGCCAAGGGCAGUAACCCCAGCCUGUAGAGUAGUCCCUGGAGAAGGCCUUUCCAACAGUGCAACAGCAUUUCUUAGCCUUCCUCACUCUGGUUCAAAGUGGUGGCCCAUUGCAGAGUGGAAACCACUGCCCUGAUCCUAACUUUUGAAAACACCUUUUCCUAUAUACUACCUGAAACCUUCCCUUUCUGCCUGAAGCUAUGAAAAAAACAAGCUUUACUUAUAAGUGCUGCUGCAGUAAGAAACCUUACAAGUGCUGAAGAAACCUACUUCAAAUGUAACCAUGUUAGUGUGUGCUCUCCUAGAAAUGUCGGAUGGGGGAAUUUAUUUCAUUGCAGAUGCUCAUUUUUUUUUUACCUGAUUGUUAAACCUGUGCACUUUUGAUAUUUUUCUUUAGCUUCUUUAAUUCCUUAUGUAGAAGAGUUUAUAUAAAUGCAGUGGUUUGUGCUCAUAGUCUCUCUCCAAUUUGGAACUUGUGAUUUAUGAAUUAUAUAUCAGCAUGUGGCAGAGAUUUUGGGGGGGCUCUAGAUUGUGAUUAGAAAAGAGUUUCAACAAAAAAACAGGAGCUCUGCUAAACUAUGUGCUGUGCUUCAGCAUCUUUUUUUAUUAUUAUAAAAUGUUAAGCUUUAUAUGUUUAAAUUACUGAUUUUCUUUUUAACUGCCAUGUUCAUUAAGAAAUCCAGGGUAUUCAAAUUCUGGGGUUUUUUUCAUAUUGUAUUAUUAUUCUUAGGAAUAGUUCAAUGUAACAAGAAGAAAACUUGACUUUGUUCUGGUUAAAACAGUAAUAGGCACUUGAAAAAUAUUAAAUAAGUAGUAUUACCUAUAAAUUCCAGAAUUCCUGGGUUUUAGGAAGUUGAGGUAUUAUUGAUUAACAGAAUUUUAUACAACUAUACCAGUGAAAUUCCAAAUUGGAAUUGUUGUGUUACUUUUUUCAUUUUAUUGUGCCAAAUUGUGGUACAUUUAGAAAGAAAAAUUCUGAAGUGGUCAAUGAUAGGGUGUUAUCUAUCAGCGCCUUUCUGUCACUCAUUAUUGCCAGUAGUGCCUUUGAUCAUUUGAAGGGAGACUCUUAGAGUAGUGUUUGGGCCAAGUCCUGUCACUUAGGAGGAGUGGAAUGGCUGGGUUUGGAAUUUACUGAAGACGUGGAGCAAUAAGUGCAAAGUGAACUCCCCUUUCGCACAUUUUUAACGGUAGUCUUGCUUAGAGAGAGAUUAUAUAUUCGAGGAAUUGUAAAAAAUUCUGUUAGUCAAUGAUAUUUCACCGUGCAAAUUCAGGGGUAGAGACAAACAAACAAACA